GUAGGUUAUUUUGGUUCCGUCCACCACCUCCCCUCCGCUGGUUUUUCCGUCGCGACAGAACCAAUCCCUCGCUAGCCCUACCUCAUCUCCCGUCUCCAGUCGCAGCCGCCGCCGCACCCCAACCCAACCCCGCCGCCGGCGAUCUCCUCGCCCCCCUGCGCCGCCGCCCCCAACCUUCUAUUCCUCUCCCAAGGGAAGGGAAGGCAAGGGAAGGGAAGGGAAGGGAGAGGGAGUGCCCAGAUCCACGGCGGCAUCAGCGCGCUGUCGUCGACCUAAUCCGCGUCCGUCCUCGAGGGAGGUCGGCCAUGGAGGUCCGACGCGGCCCGGCAGCAGCCAUGGACGGACGGAGACGCCCCAAACCCUACCCGGGACGACGCCUCAACCUUCAAGGACGCGCGUCGGCGACCGCAGAUCUCCGGUGACGGCUAUGUUGAGAUGACUGCCCCGGAUCUGGACGCACAACCUGCAGCUGCAGCAGCAGUUGGACGACCGAACGCACGAGCCCUCCCUCCCUCCCUCAUGGCUCUGCUUCCUCCUACCCUGCCCCCCUCACGUGGGUGUGGUGAGCUUCCUACCCCCUGUGCACAUCUCAUCUAAUCUCAUCAAAUCUAGAUUUCUCUGGACGUAUUUAUUGUUCUGGACACAACUUGGUUCUCUUUAGUUUGAUGUCACUCCUUUCCUGCCGGAGUGAGUCAGUCAAAUACUCCUACUAGCAGUAUAAGAUGUUUGCUGACUUUGAAAAAUGAUAGAUAGUAAAAAAACGCUAAUGAGGUUGUGCAGCGGCGGACGUAUGACUGCUACCUGCACAAGCGGAUGGCCCUGCGAGCCAGACCAACCUCCAGCUGCUGUGGCGUACCACGGGUAGAUUUAUCCCAACGAGAAUUACGGUGGGAUGCAGGAAACAAGGAGCCCAAAAAUUAAAUUAAAACAAAUCGACGCCAAUAGCGAUGGGGAUCCAAGGCAUGGAGAACUCCAAGGAGUUUGCUGACAAGCUGUUCUGGAUAUGUCGAGGCAGAGGAACAUUGAGCCGGAUGAAGGCAUUAACAAGGAUCGGCUCAGAGAGGUGGAACAUGAACAUUGAUGGGAUGCUCACAGAAGAUGAGGUCAAGAAGGUGGCUACGCAAAUGAUCACAGAGAAGACUACUGCUGGGCCUUUUGAUCGACCAUGCCAUUCAAAAAGCUCUUUAGUGCAGUUUGCAACAACAAAAAUCAGAGGAUUGGUCGUUUGUAAGGGUGGAUAUCUCAGAGGUGGCUGCCACCCGGAUUGGAAUUUAAUUCAAUCUAUUUCCCUUUCUGAAGUUUCAUACUAGAUGUAUGUUCCUGUGAUAUGAUUUGUUUAUGGAGAUGGAGAGAUGUGACUUUCAGAGUGACUUUCAGA